AUGACGCCCCUUCCCAUGACGGUGCCGGCCCCGGCCUGCGCCUUUGCCAACGAGGCAGAGGACGUCGAUGAGCCGCCAGAGCCGCAGCUGCAUCAGCCCACGCCGAGCAAGUUCCAGCGAACGACCAUUCGACCGUCGAACGGCCAGUCCUCGCUGCUCACCAGGGCAAUCAUGGGUCUGUCGGAUGACGAGAACGAGUGUGCCGGUGUUCCCACGGACAGCCAACGCCGCCGUUCCAUGGCCAGCAACGUCAGCGUCGCCUCCACGGCCGACCUCACGAGCGACACCGGACUCACCAGCCCCUGCCGCACCAACACCCCCAGCCCGCCCAUCCCCGAGUUGAUGGGCUUGGCGCUCGGCUCCGACUUGACGGACCAUACCAUCCAGGAGACGUCAAAGAAUGCUCCUCGGAAGCGAUGCAUCCAGUUCGCAUGCGACGCCAAGCCCGUCACGCCCCUGCAGCAGGCCGCUCUUCGUCCCGCACCCAUGGUCAAGGCGCCUUCGGCCCAGGAAGCACCCCGACGAACCUGCAUCAAGUUCGUGGCCCCCCCUCGCCCAGCCUCGACGCAAAACACACCUCCCAAUCGAACGAGAGGCUCCACCGUCGUCUUUGCCCCCGCCGGCAAUACCGAGUCGCCGUCGACGCCGAAAAAGCUCGGCUUUCCGACUGGUGCCAACCCGGCUUGUCCACUCUUGCCUGCUCAACGUCCCGCCGUCACCGGUCGACCCAGAUUCCUUCGCGCCAGUUCAAAGGACAUCGUCAACGAUGGCUCGCAGUUCCACGAGUUUGCUAGCGGCACGGCGCGCGAGGAAGACUGGAUCCGACAGCCCAAUCCGGUCCUUGCCGCCAAGCUCACCAUCAACGACACGCUGACCAAGGAAAAUCAUAUCCGCCGUCUCGCCGUCGAGGUCGAGGAGGAGGCCGAACAAGAGGAGGAAGAGGCUGCCCUCGAUGACGACGAUGACGAAGACGACGACGACGAUGACGACGACGACAACACAAAUGACUUUGAUGCCGAUGAGGAGGAUGACGACGGAGCCGACCAGAACGAUGAUGAGGAUGGCUCCGACGGCUACUACACGGACGAAGAAACUGGCUUCGCCGAUUCGGAUGACGACGACGACGACGAGAAUGAAAACAUGGUUUUCUGGACGCCGAGUCAAAACAUCGCCAUUCGCCCACGACCUGCCAUGGUCCGCGCGCAAUCGAGCUCGUUGACGGAGCCUCAGUCGGAGGACUCGUUGGUGGCCGGCGCGAGCGGAAGCGUUGGCCGUCUCAAGAUGAAGCGGUUCAAGCCGCAGUCGGAAACGCCGGACCUUCCCGACAGCACCGAUUUCGUGUGCGGCACCUUGGACGAGGACCGACCACUGGAGGAGGCCUAUCUUUCUUGCCUUGCCGCCCGCAGGACAGGCAAGCUGCGCAUCAUCCCCCAGGACAUCGACCCGAGCUUUCCCGCUUCGGACCCCGACAACGAUGACGACGACGUCUACAAUCCCGUCGGCCACGGUAGCGAUGACGGAGACGCGUGGGUGCCUGGCGUCAUGGAGGACUUGCACCACGGCCAAGACCGUUCGCGACGACGAAGGCAGAGCGAGCACCUGGCUUCGCCUCGUCCCCAUCGCUUCCAAGCGCCCGUUCGAAUUCUCUCGCCGCCCCCAAAGGCCAGGGGUCGAUCGCCCAAGAAUCGUGUCGGCCGCCACUCGCCUCGCAGGAGGACCAAGUCACCUGCCCCAAAGGCCAAGAAGACGCCGACCGGCUCGCCCGCCCCGGCCGGUCGCGUUCAAUUUCGCCUCACGGGUCGCCCCAAUACGACUCGCACCAAGUCGCUUCCCCGGCCCGCCGCCCUGUGCCCCAACAUGAGGAAGUCGAUCAAGUACCUCCACGACAACGACAUUCACAUGCGCGGCGCCAUCGACAUCGUCAAGGGCCUUGAGAGGAAGCGCCAGCGACGGAAGGAAAAGUUCUUCCAGAAGUACUGCAACCGAGCGCGUCGAGGCCAGAUCCCGGAGCGCAAGCCCCUCCCCGGCCGCGGUGCCGAGCGCAUGAAGGAGCUCGGGCUUCUCAUGGCCGGCAAGCGAGACCAAGGCAAUUAUGUGCUGUCGGUGUGA